AUGCCUUUCGAAUGUCCUCAAGACGUUACUAAUGAUUUGGAAAAAUUACUUGAAACUGAUGAAGAAUAUGAUGUUAUUAUUUACGCGGGUGAAAAUGAAAAUAUAAAAGAAAUUCAUGCACACUCAAUUAUAUUGCGCACAAGAUCUCAAUAUUUUCGUUCGGCAUUCUCUAAUGAAUGGUCUGAAAAAAAGAACGGAAAAUUUAUCUUUAAGAAGCCUAAUAUUUCUCCUCAAUUUUUUAAAAUAAUUUUAAGAUUUAUUUAUUGCGGAAAAAUUGAUUUAGAGAAAUUACAAGGGCCUGAUAUUUUAAAACUUUUGGUAGCCGUAGAUGAGAUUGAUAUUCAAACCUUAACCGAUCACAUAGAAGAAUACUUGAUUAAACACCAAGAUGCGUUUAUUCAAGAAAAUCCCAUCAAAAUUCUUGAAGCGAUUUAUGAAAAUAAAGCUUUUACAAAUUUAUGGGAUCUUUACUCAGAAAAAAUUUGUGAAGAACCAGAAUUAUUGUUUAAUUCUGAUAAAUUUACUAGUUUAAAAGCACCUUUAUUAGAGUUACUUCUUAAAAGGGACGACUUAUCAUUGGAUGAAAUUGUUAUCUGGGAAAGUCUGAUCAAAUGGUGCUUAGCUCAACAUCGUAAUGUUCCACGAAAUCCCACACGAUGGAAUAAAGAAGAAACCACAAUUAUGGCGAAGACUAUCCAUAGAUUUAUUCCAUUAAUAAGAUUUAAUUAUAUCUAUUCAGAGGAUUUUAUUUUUAAAGUAUAUCCUUUUAAAGAAAUAAUUCCAAAAGUUCUGGUUAAUAACAUACUUAUAUUUCACAUGGCUCCAAAUAAGCAAUUAUAUGUUGAUAUACAACCUCCUAGACAACCAAAGUGUGUUCGUGAUAUUUAUGAUUCAAAUAUAAUUGAAUCACACCAUUUUGCUAUUUUUUCUAGUUGGAUUGAAAAGGAAGAUCAGUUUUACUUUAAUGUAAAAAGUAUUCCUUAUAAUUUUAAUUUACUUUAUCGUGCUAGUAGGGAUGGUGACACACCAGCAGCAUUUCAUGCUAAAUGUGAUUACAAGGGUGCCACUAUCUCUGUAGCAAAGAUCACAAAUUCUGAUCAAAUAGUUGGAGGGUAUAAUCCACUCUAUUGGUAUUCAGGUAUUACAUAUAUGUCUGCUAAUGAUAGUUUUAUAUUCUCAUUUAAAAAUAAAAAUAACUUCCAAAGUGCAAAGAUAGGCUACAGUAACGGUUUAAAUUCUAUAGGUGGUUUUACAAGUAAUGGUCCGGUAUUUGGUGGUAAUUAUGGUUGUCAUUUAGCAGCUGGACCUUCGAGUGGUACUUGGUUUAGCAAUCCAACUGCAUGUAAUAAAACAUAUCCUAAAAUUGGUAUACCGGAAAACGAUUUUAAUGUCGAUGAUUAUGAAGUUUUUCAAGUUGUUAAGCGCUAG